GAUGGACGGGGUGAAAGCUGCAAAGAGAUGUAAAAUCACAGACAAAUCUCUUGACUGGAUGAUGAACCAGAAAAAGGUGGAAGUGCAAGACGUAUUGGCACGCAAUCCGACCACUACGUGUACACUUCGGUUAUUCUUGAGCUACACAGUUUCUGGGCAGGCGUGGCAAACUGGCAAAGCUGCUGAGGGAGUAAACUUCAAGACGGGGCAACAGGACCAGCCAAUGAAAGUGCGUUUCAUCAUAUAUCUCGAGCAGACACCAGAGCGGUAUAAAGUGGCUCCAGACUUGGGUAACGUCUUGGGCAUCAAAGAGGAGAGUCGUGUUGGCAUCAUCCAGGCUAUAAUACAUGCUGACGAUUAUUUGAGACCGAUCUGUGGCGGAGAAGGCAUCAUGUUCCACCAACAACCAGAGCCAGUCAAUCGAUAUUUGAUGCCUCCAGGACCUGUAAUCAUUCAUUACUCCAUCAACCCAGCACGGAUACCCCCAGAGCACCAUUCUGCAUGGGAUAUUGAGAUCAAGAUGGAGGACACCAACUUGAAGAACCCCAUCAUGGUGAUGAUGCAGUCAAGUAAAGAUAGCAUGUCCGACCUCACCAAGUUAGAUGACGAGAUCACGCUGUUAGCACAAUCACUACAUAACUCACACAUGAAGCAGCAAUUCCUUCAAAGUUUUGCCAACGACCCAGCGAAUUUCAUACAGACGUGGCUGGCGUCGCAGUCUCGCGACUUGGAAAGUGUGCUUGGAAGUGGACUGAGUGAGGGUGCUACUAUCCAUGCUGAGGAGUUGCAUAGGAGUGAUUUCUUCAGGCUACCCUGGGUUGAGGAAGCCGUCGCUGUCUACGAGGGUAUGUAG